AUGGAGCCGUCAAAGGCAAACGAGACGUCGGCGUCCAAGAUCCCGGACUUUAAUCAGAGGUACUCGCAGCGGCAAACUGUGCCUAUUGCGGGGGAACACCACGACGAUAUACCACCGCCCCCUUAUGAGCCGUCCGGGUAUACCCCCUCGGCAUCCGGACCCGCUCCCACCGUCUCCGCAGACAGCGCGAGGAGCUCGACUAGUUCUGUGAGGGACGAGGAUGCGGGGUUCCUGGGGAAUGAUCGGACGACGCAGCAGCAGACAAGCAUCGCCAGCAAGGACGACGACGACGACAGCAAGUGGGCGCAUACCAAGGACCAGCCGGGGUUUUUAUGCAGUGAUACCGGCGGGUGCAUUUAUUCGUCCAGGGACGGGUGUUGUUGGUCCGACCGCGGAGGCUGCAUUUUCUCUGACACGGAUGGAUGUUGUUGGUCUGCACACGGCGGCUGUUGCUGUUCUGAUCACGGGGGGUGUUGCUUUGCGAGUAAUGACGCGUGUUGUUGUAGCGGAUAUGCGCCGAGGCAUGCUCAUGGUCUACGGUGA